AUGGCCAACAACUCUUUCCGCGGGUCCAAACACGGUCGCCAUGGCGACGCCAACCACGACCCGGAGUUCAGCUGCUCCCUCCAGGAGCUGCGGUCGCUCAUGGAGCUGCGGGGAACCGAGGCCAUCGCCCGGAUCCAGGAGAGUUACGGAGACGUGAACGGGCUCUGCGUCCGACUCAGAACCUCACCGGCACAAGGAGGAGGAGGAAACAUGGCCAACAACUCUUUCCGCGGGUCCAAACACGGUCGCCAUGGCGACGCCAACCACGACCCGGAGUUCAGCUGCUCCCUCCAGGAGCUGCGGUCGCUCAUGGAGCUGCGGGGAACCGAGGCCAUCGCCCGGAUCCAGGAGAGUUACGGAGACGUGAACGGGCUCUGCGUCCGACUCAGAACCUCACCGGCACAAGGCGACCUCCUCCCUGCUGACGGGGUCCUGAUUCAGGGAAACGAUCUGAAGAUAGACGAGAGUUCUCUGACCGGGGAGUCCGACCACGUGAAGAAAACCCUCGAUAAGGACCCCAUGCUGCUGUCAGGGACCCACGUGAUGGAGGGCUCUGGGAAGAUGCUGGUGACGGCCGUGGGGGUGAAUUCCCAAACGGGAAUCAUCUUCACGCUGCUGGGAGCCGGGGAGGACGGGGAGAGUGAUGGGGAGGAGAAGAAAGAGAAGAAGGGAGAGGAGAAGAAAAACAAAAAGGACAAAAAGAGUAAAAAAGAAGACAAAGGAAAGAAAGGCGACCUCCUCCCUGCUGACGGGGUCCUGAUUCAGGGAAACGAUCUGAAGAUAGACGAGAGUUCUCUGACCGGGGAGUCCGACCAUGUUAAGAAAACCCUCGAUAAAGACCCCAUGCUGCUGUCAGGGACCCACGUGAUGGAGGGCUCUGGGAAGAUGCUGGUGACGGCCGUGGGGGUGAAUUCCCAAACGGGAAUCAUCUUCACGCUGCUGGGAGCCGGGGAGGACGGGGAGAGUGAUGGGGAGGAGAAGAAAGAGAAGAAGGGAGAGGAGAAGAAAAACAAAAAGGACAAAAAGAGGAAAAACAAGGAUGGACCCACUGUGGAAAUGCAGCCUCUCAACGAGGACGAAGAGAAAAAGAAAAAGAAACCUCCAAAGAAAGAGAAAUCUGUUCUCCAGGGAAAGCUAACCAAGCUAGCCGUGCAGAUCGGAAAAGCAGGGAAAAACAAGGAUGGACCCACGGUGGAAAUGCAGCCUCUCAACGAGGACGAGGAGAAAAAGAAAAAGAAACCUCCAAAGAAAGAGAAAUCUGUUCUCCAGGGAAAGCUAACCAAGCUAGCCGUGCAGAUCGGAAAAGCAGGUCUGUUCAUGUCAACUCUCACCGUCAUCAUUCUCAUCGUUCGUUUCCUGAUCGAUACUUUCUGGAUUCAGGGGGUUCACUGGAGCGCCGAGUGCGUGCCCAUCUACAUUCAGUUCAUGGUCAAGUUUUUCAUCAUCGGGGUCACCGUGCUGGUGGUGGCUGUUCCUGAGGGCCUUCCUUUGGCCGUCACCAUCUCCUUAGCCUACUCUGUCAAGAGCAUUUCAUCCCCAUCCUCAACCACAUGUUGA